AUGCUCACAGAAAAGUGCUUGGGAUUUGUUUAUUGUGGACUAUGUCUCUGGGCAUCCUUGUUCCUGUCUUUCUUUAAAGUCACUCAGCAGGGUGAAAGCCAGAGACGCUUGUACAGAGAACUGCUGAGAAACUACAAUCGUCUUGAACGACCGGUAGUAAAUGACUCUCAACCCCUUGUAGUCGAGCUCCGGCUUUCUUUGCUGCAGAUAAUUGACGUGGAUGAGAAGAAUCAGGUGUUGAUCACAAAUGCUUGGCUGCAGAUGUACUGGGUUGACGUUUACCUGUCUUGGGAUCAGUUUGAAUACCCAGGGGUGCAGAACUUGCGAUUUCCAGCUGACCAGGUUUGGGUACCAGACAUUCUACUGUAUAACAGUGCGGAUGAAAGAUUUGAUGCAACAUUUCACACAAAUGUGCUGGUGAAUUACUCUGGAUCCUGCCAAUAUAUUCCUCCAGGCAUUUUAAAGAGCACAUGUUACAUUGAUGUCCGCUGGUUCCCCUUUGAUGUGCAGAAGUGUGAUUUGAAGUUUGGCUCCUGGACUCACAGUGGCUGGCUGAUUGACCUGCAGAUGCUCGAGGCUGAUGUUUCCAGCUACAUUUCAAAUGGAGAAUGGGAUUUAGUGGGAGUCCCAGGAAAGAGGAAUGAGUUGUACUAUGAAUGCUGUAAAGAACCAUACCCAGAUGUGACGUACACCAUCACUAUGCGCCGACGCACCCUCUACUACGGCUUGAACCUACUCAUUCCAUGUGUUCUCAUAUCUGGCUUGGCAUUGCUUGUUUUCCUUUUGCCAGCUGAUUCAGGGGAGAAGAUUUCCUUAGGUAUCACGGUCCUGCUUUCCCUGACUGUAUUCAUGCUGCUUGUGGCUGAGAUCAUGCCUGCAACUUCUGACUCGGUCCCGCUAAUAGCUCAGUAUUUUGCCAGCAUCAUGGUCAUCGUUGGUCUGUCUGUGGUGGUAACAGUGCUGGUUUUGCAGUUUCACCAUCAUGACCCGCAAGCAGGAAAGAUGCCCAAAUGGAUAAAGCCCCUCUCUUGCAAAUAUAGCUAUCCCAAGCACCAUCUGAGCGUAAACAGCAUGGAGAUGAAUGUCCUGCCUGGGCACCAGUCCAACAAUGGCAACACAAUCUAUAGCUACCACACAACGGAAACUCCGUGCUGCCCUCAGAAGAAUGAUCUGGGUAGCAAGAGCGGGAAGAUUAUUUGCCCCUUACCAGAAGAUAUUGAGCUUGUUCAAAAGAAAGCUUUAAUGGAUACUAUUCCGGUGAUUGUGAAGAUCCUGGAGGAAGUUCAGUUCAUAGCACUGCGCUUCAGGAAACAAGAUGAGGGUGAAGAGAUCUGCAGUGAGUGGAAGUUUGCAGCUGCUGUCAUAGACAGAUUAUGCCUGGUUGCAUUUACCCUUUUUGCCAUCAUUUGCACAUUUACAAUACUAAUGUCUGCUCCAAAUUUCAUAGAAGCUGUUUCAAAGGAUUUUACAUAA